AUGUCCAUCAAAUAUUUAUUCAAGCACAUUAAAAAAGGUUAUGAUCGCAUAACCACGGCUCUUGUACCUGCCCAGAAUGACGAUGAAACAACUGAGCAGUCUAUUGAUAAGGUUAAGCAUUAUCUCGAUGGUAGGUAUAUUUCUCCUUGUGAAGCUUGUUGGAGAAUAUUUUCAUUCCAGAUUCACAAGAGAUCACCUGUUGCUGAAAGGUUGUACUUUCAUUUACCUAGUGAAAAUUCAGUAAUAUUUGAAGAUGAUGAUGACAUUGAUGUUUUGCUGUCCAAGCCAACAAUUAAGGAGUCCAUGUUUACUUCUUGGCUAAAAGCUAACAAGAUUUUCCAUGAAGGAAAAUAUCUAACAUAUUUGUAA